AUGAGAGAAGUCUUCGUCUCAAGCGUAGAAGAUUUUGUUGCCAAAUUUGAAGAGCACAAGCGUGAAGGACCGCUUCUUGCGCUGUUUGUAGGAUCAGUUGACCCAAGCACAGGAGAAAACUGGUGUGGUGACUGUAGAAAUGCCCAUCCUUUUAUCCAUAAUGCUUAUGCUUCUGGUGGGGAAAAAACCAUCAUCAUUAGUGAAGUAGGGGUAAGAGAUGUGUGGAAAAACCCAGAAAACAGCUUUAGGAAGCACCAAAAAACACGUUUGAGAUGUGUGCCAACUCUCAUUAGAUACCAAAAUGGAAAUGAGGUGAUUAGAUUAGAAGAAGGACAAUUAACACGACAAGAAAUGGUUGACGAAGUCUUCAGUUAA